AUGGUGGACACAGACUAUAAGAAGGCACAGAAAUUUGAAGGGGGACUACGAGGUGCUAUUCUGGACCGAGUUAAUAUGUUGAAGUUACCUACCUAUGUAGAUGUGUUGGAGAGGGCCGUCAUAGCAGAAGGGAAUAUUGCUACCCAAAACCGCAUUUCUGAAUGGAAAGGGAAAAGACAAAAUAGUCAAUGGUCUAAGGGGUCAACUACUCCACCAAACAAGAAACAAAACUCAGGGACUGCAACUGCUUCUACCCCUAGUCAGGGUUCAAUCGCCGUAUGUUCGAAGUGUGGAAAGAGGCAUCGUGAAAUGUGCUAUCAGGGGUCUGGAGCCUGUUUCCAUUGUGAAAAAAUGGGUCAUGUGAUAAGGGAUUUUCCUCAAAGGAAACAGCAACAAAAUGGCAACAGGGCUGCUACCAGUUCAGCGGGGUCUACACUAACUACCAACAAUAAGGUACCGGCCAAACCGACUAAUAAUAAGGACACCGCAAGACAAGGCAGGGUGUUCGCAUUAGUUCCGAGAGAUGUGCAAAAUGCGGCAACAGUAGUGUCAGGUACAUUUAUGGUUCACGAUCAUUCUGCUUGUGUAUUGUUUGAUUCUGGCUCUACCAAUUCUUUUGUGUCAAAACUAUUUGCUCCUAAUUUAGAUAAACCUGAAGAAGUCUUAUCUUAUAUGUUAUAUGUGUCCUCACCUUUGGGGGAUUCCAUGAUUUGUACUUCCAUAUAUACUGCUUGUGAACUUCACCUUGGGGAUAUUCGGGUAUACGCUACCUCUCGACAUGACGUAUUUUGA